AUGGAGUCAGGCAGAACGCCAUAUUUGAAUUACGACACGAAAUUUUUCGUAGAAGACGCCAAGUACAAGGCUUUUGCCAAUACGUCGAAAAAUUGUGCAGACUUUCAGGACUGCGAGAAUAAGACGAUCAUUAACAAAGGGCUCACUGUAAUUCCCGAGGGUUAUUUCUAUCCCUUGCAAGCGUUCACCGCCGUGGACAACGAAGCGAGAGUUCUCAGAGCUUGGGAGAACAUCUUCAUUCUAUACCACGAAAUGAUCGUCCGUAAGGGUAGUCCGUUCGCCGGUAAGUUUGAUUGGAUCAUACAGGGACUGUUUGAAGCCGGUAUCUGCGACCGCCUAUAUUUGGAAGCAAUCGGUCUGCUAAUCGAGGCAAAGGCUGAGAAUGCUAACGCCAACAUUAUGGCUAACAGCUACAGCUGUGAAGCUGGAUGCGCUAUAACCAUAUCGCAAGUAGCCGGAGCCAUUUACGCUUGGAUCUUGGGAUGUUGCCUGUCAUUAAUUGUAUUUGCGAUAGAAAUUUUAAUGAACAAG